CAUUCGCCUUCUUUCUGCCCAUCGCUUGCAUUCUGCGCGCCUCUCAUCUUGCGUGCUGACGGGCUUGUGUUUCAGUCCGGAGACCUCAGUGGAGACUUUUUUUUUUGCCGACUGGUGAUAUUGCGGCCUAGCUGAUUGCCUCGGAGUCGAGUGCAUCGCAUUUUACCUCUUAAGUCGCGCGUCUGCUCUUCGACGGCGGUGCCGCAUUUAGGAGGUCUACAGCACGUGGCUGCAUCUGGUUCGCCUCGAACCAGACACCACGAAUGAAGAUGGCUACGUUCACAGCCCUGAACGGGGGCUCGCCAAAAGCCACAGAAGGGAUUAAUGGGACGGCAGACGUGGAGCGGGUAAAUGGCCAGUCCACGAAUGCAGAGCCGCCGAGAUUGGCCAUUGAAGUGCCGGUAACUAGCCAGAGGGAAAGGGAAGGGUGGAGUGCCGCCAGCCAUGAUAGAAACCCCUAUCCUUCAGCAAACUAUCAGGAUGCCGAGCCAUCGUCACACAAGCGCAAGCGUUCCAUCUCUGGUUCUCCAAGUAGGGCCCACCAGCCCUCACCAGCAGAGAGGGCAGAGCCCUACGGGCCACAUCGACCUCACUCGGAAUCACUGGAUCGGGAGCGGGAGAGAGCGCGGGAGAGAGAGCGGGACCGGGAAAGAGAGCGGGACCGGGAAAGAGAGCAGCGGGAGCGGGAGCGGGAGCGGGAUCGAGACCAAGACCGAGACCGUGUCCGUGUCCGUGACCACGACCACGACCAAGACCACGACCAGGACCGUGACCAGGACCGCGAACGAGACCGCGACCGCGACCGCGACCGCCACCGUGACCGCGAUCGCGACCGUUUUGGCACGCCGCAAAAGGAUGCUUACCGGGGCUAUGGCGAUGACGGCCGAGAGGGUCGCGAAGGCAGCGAUCACUGGCACCAGUCUAGGGACCGAGAGGAGCGGAAUUCGAGCUACGAAGGGCCUUACUCGGCGGGACCCGUGUCAGCCCUAUCAGACGACAACAUAGGCGACUCUCUGCGGAGAGCCGCAAGCCAGGGAGACGACUAUGGAGGCCAGAGCCCGGAUGACGACCACAUGUACUCGGGCCAGUAUACCCCCGAGCAGCGGAGAGACGGUGUCAUCCAGUCGGACCCCAAGAAGAGGAAGCGCAACUUCAGCAACCGGACCAAAACCGGCUGCCUGACGUGCAGGAAGCGAAAGAAGAAGUGCGACGAGACAAAGCCUGAAUGUAGCAACUGCAUCCGGGGUGGCUUCGUCUGUGCCGGGUACCCGCCGCAGAGGGGCACUUGGCCCAAGCCCGAAAGCAAGCCCGCCCAGGUCAAUAUUGAGUCGAAGGAUCCAAACUAUGUUCCGCCUGGAGCCUAUGGAAUGCCUCAGCAACCCCCGUAUAACAACCAGCCCAUGAUCAGCCAGAACAAGCGCGACCCCCUGCAAUAUAACCGGGGGCAGCCCUCACUACGAAUUACACCACCGCAGGGCCGUCCUCUGCAGAGCGACGACGACAGGCCAACCGCGUCUACGCUGCCGAGCGCUUCUGUCCUCAGUCCAGACAACAAACUGUCUGCCUUGUCGGGCUACACGACAACUCCAUCGGUCAACAUCUUCCCAACACCAAUCAGCGCCGCUCCUACCACGGCCUUUUCGGACCGGACGCCCAAGGAAUACCAGCGGGUGCCUCCACUGCACGACCUCACGAGGACGGAGCCAGAGCAGCAUUCGUCCAAAUCGCUCAAGAUCCAACCCCCUCAGAGCAGCACGACUACCCUAUCUCCAUUCAGUGCUGUGCACGGCGGCCGGACAUCUACCCCGCCGUCUGCCAUGACGCCCAUGUCUGCUCACCCGUCCAGCGCCGGGGGCGGGCCACAGGCGACAGCCCAGCUGGCACUCUCGCACACCCAGUUCCCGUCGGAUCGGCCAAGGCGCGAGAAGGACGAGAUGCUGAACGGGCGCCCUUAUUACCCCUUCAACAAGGAGCUGGUUCUGGAGCGGGAAAGGUGCAACGCCGCGUGCUGGAGGUUCAACAACUCGACCAACCCCAAUAUUGGAGUUUCGCCUUCGGAGCGUGCGAGGCUAUUCCGCGACAUCCUCCACCCGCGUGAAGGAGUGCAUAUCUCGCCCACCGUCAUGUCCCCCGUGACACACACGGGCCGCGUAGGCGACAACGCCACUGUCGAGGCGCCCUUCACUUGCGAUUAUGGCUACAACAUCCAGAUUGGCAACAAUGUGUCGAUUGGGCGCAACUGCCUAAUCAACGACGUUUGCGAAGUCCGGAUUGGGAACAAUGUUAUUAUCAGUCCUAACGUGUGCAUCUACACGGGAACAUGCAGCACCGACCCUCGCCGCCGGGCUGGGAACACGGGUACGCAAUACGGCAAGGCGGUCAUCAUCGAGGACGACGUCUGGAUUGCUGCCAAUGUCGUGAUUCUCCCUGGGGUGAGGAUCGGUCGGGGCUCGACCGUCGGGGCCGGGUCCGUUGUCACAAAGGUAUGUCUUCCCCAUCUCUUGUUUUGGCUAUCCAAGAUGCUAGAUCUUAAUGCUGACUCGUGCUUUUCUACUUCAGGAUGUCGCCACGUACAGCAUCUACAUGGGCCUCAAGGCGGGCCACCGCCGGGGCAUAUCCUUUAUCUAGGACGAGCACAAAUCAAUCCUGUCUCUAUAUCCGCCUGACUCUUUUCCUUUCUAUUUUGGCUCGAUUUUUUAUGAUACCCAGUAUAAUUGUCCUAUACAAGAGAUGUCGCAUGUGGUUUGGAACUUUUGUUUUCUGUGGCUGUUGCCUUUUUCCCUGGGCAAUCCGAUCGAGAUGGUUACAUGCCGGCUUUCUCCGUCUGAUCUCCUUUUACAAUUCUGUCUUCUCUAUCUAUCACCUAUUACCAGAGCCACAGCUGGGACGGAAACCUGCAUGUACCACAAAAACAUACACCGGAGGAGAGCUCUGGUA